CGAAGGAAACACAAGCCGUACAUUCGCCGUAUGGCUAUUGGGUAUAUUCAAUAGAAACGUUGCUGUUAAAUUCAUUCGCAUUAUGCGCUUAAAAGUAGUAAGAUAGUCUCUUUCGGCCGAUCCAUUCCGGUUUUUCAGUUAUUGUUUGUUUUCUCUUUCUCUCUCUCUCUCUCUCUUGCGAUUCCAGCACCAAUUUUCCUAUGUCCAGCCGUUGUGGCACAGCGGUCAAAUCUGAAAAAACAUAAAUCAAAAAGUGUAAUUUUAGGACACUAACCGAGAGUAGAGAAUCGCAAUGAAUUUGCAAAUUUAAAAAUAGAAAUCAACGAAAAUCGUUCAAGUGAAUUUAACUGAGUGCUUUACGUGUUAUACUACGAAUUUUUCCCUUUUGUGAGCUGAAGAGAAAAAAAAGAGUGUACAACGUCAGAAUAAAAAGAAUCUUAAGAAAAAGACAGGUGUACAAAAGAAAUAUAUUUGUUAGAUGUUUGUGACCUUGUUAAGAAAGCAGACAUCUGUUUGUUGUUGAAGUUUGCUCAUAACCGAAAACUCCCGAGUCGAAGAUUGAAUUUUGUUUUUCUCGCAUCACCGAGGAUUUUACAUUGAAUUGACUAGAAUUAGACAGAGAAACCGAAAUGACCAACAAAAAUGGUAGCGUUGUGCCGGCCGCACAGGAAUUAGAGACGUUCUUACCUAUUGACAGUGUAAAUGGUGUGACAAAGUAUAAAAUACAGCCAGCCAAAAAGGAUGUGGAGAAUGGCGGCGUUGCUGAAUUCAAUCCAUUUUUGGAGCGAAAAAAUGACCAUCCAACAUCUGACAAUGAGACAUUGACCCAUCUGCUGAAAGCAUCACUGGGCACUGGCAUCCUGGCCAUGCCCUUCGCAUUCAAAUGUUCGGGAUUGUUGUUUGGUAUUUUUGCCACAGUCGUUACUGCCUUCAUUUGCACACAUUGUAGCUACAUUCUGGUAAAAUGUGCACACACAUUAUACAUACGAACAAGACGGACAGCAAUGAACUUCUCUGAAGUGGCUGAGGUAGCAUUUGCAAAUGGACCAAAAUGGGGACGACGCUAUGCAAAAUUCUUCAAAGUAUUGAUAUUACAAUCGCUGUUUUGGACAUAUUUCGGAACGUGUUCCGUAUAUACUGUGAUUAUUGCAGAGAAUUUCAAACAAGUGGCUGAAUACUAUCUGGGCUAUAAGUUGCCUAUAGGAGAGUGCAUUGCAUAUUGCCUGUUGCCAUUGAUUGCGCUCUCCUGGGUGCCCAAUCUAAAAUAUUUGGCUCCAGUGUCCAUGGUGGCAAAUCUGUUAAUGGGUUCCGGUUUGGGCAUUACAUUCUACUAUUUAGUAGCGGAUUUGAAGCCAGUCUCAAGUGUACCGGCAAUGGGAACGCUGACCACAAUUCCCGAAUUUAUAUCGAUCACGAUUUUUGCGAUGGAAGCCAUUGGCGUGGUGAUGCCAUUGGAAAAUCAAAUGAAAACGCCCGGAAACUUUGUCGGCAUUUGUGGUGUAUUGAACAAAGGAAUGUCAGGUGUGACGCUUGUGUAUAUUUUGCUCGGUUUUCUUGGCUUUUUGAGAUACGGCAGUGACACCGCAGCUAGUAUCACAUUGAAUCUGCCUACGGAAGAAAUCCCAGCACAAGCCGUCAAGAUUUUCAUUGCGUUGGCUGUGUUCUGUACAUUUGGUCUUCAGUUCUACGUAUGCGUCGAAAUUGGAUGGAAUGCAAUUAAGGACAAUUUCAAACAACGUCCACUUCUCGUCAACUACGUAUUUAGAACCGUACUUGUCACAGCCGCUGUUCUGUUGGCCGUUGCCGUACCAACAAUUUCACCGUUCAUUGGUCUUAUUGGUGCUUUUUGCUUCUCAAUUUUAGGACUUCUUGUGCCGGUUGCCAUCGAAUUUGUAACCUACUGGGACAGCGGUUUUGGUCCAUGCAAUUGGAUCGUUUUCAAGAACGUUAUCAUUUGCAUAUUUGGCAUCUUUGCUUUGGUAUUCGGUUCAAAAGAUGCCAUUCACGGUAUUCUCAAACAGUACAGUACCCCUGAAACUACAGCGAAUGUAACACAAGCCUUGCACCAAUAAAAACAACCAUCGUAAACAUUGUGAAAUGUUAAUGAAUUCUAUCGAGAGAAAAAGAAACGAAAUCUACAUGAAAAUAAAUUUUGAGAAUAAACUAUACACAGAUCAUAUAAGUAGAAUUGGCUCGACAUUGGAUCGCCUAUCGUUAUUGCAGCGACAGGAUCUCACCAAUUCAAUAUAUCAGGAUAUGGAUGAUGAAGAUAUAAAAAAAAAACAAAUUCGAGCCAAACGAGAUAGUUUAACAUUUUGCACGAUGCUGUUUUCCGCUACAGUGUCUAGACACGGGAACCGAAUACACACAUUAUUGUAUUCAAAUAUGUAAUUAUGUAUUUUGUGCCUGGUGCCUAAAUUCAAAGAAUUUUUUUUAUAUACAAAUAAUUAAAUUAUAGUUUGAAAAUUAUACACAUUUUGACAAUUUUAUACGUGUAAAUUGCUUAUUCAUUUGUUUGUCUGCCACAAUGCACGUAUGUGCAUGUGGAUCUGAAUAAGAAAUAUUAGAACUUAGAAUUGAAUUGAUUUUUUUUGUGCUAAAAAAUGAGAGCUAGAUAGAGAGAAUUUAAAGUGUUUACAUGAUACAAAAAAAAAGCUAGAGGAAAAAAAUAAUAAUUCACAAGCCUGAUGGUAUUAAAAUUAGAUGAUAAGACUUUUUUUCUGUCACUUUUGUACAUUCUGUCAUUUUGAUAAAAAAAAAUCUAUAUUGUUCGCCGCUUUAUUAGUCGUCAAUCUUGGCAGUGACAAAAAAUGAGCAAACACUAUGGAUUUCUGUAUGGUGAUCAGCUGUAUAUUGUCCAAAUGGCGAGAGAGUAAAACCUAAAAAAAAAAACAUAAAAUUCCCUAUUCCAAUUCCCAAUUUUUUCUAAAUGGAAAUUCAUAUGAAAAUGAAAUGUGUUAACUUUUUCGUUCUAUUUUCGUUCUAUAUUCUUUUUCGGUUUCGACAAGCAACUUUAACAUGAAAUGUUCAAAUCAUAGCAAUUUAUUCAACAAAGAAAUUUACCGUUUGUAUAAGGAUAUUAUAAUCAAAAUGCCCAAUCGCAUUAAAGACAACAUUUAGAAGAGAGAAAGAGAUAAAACGAAACAAAACAAAAAUAAAUAAAAUGAUAACAAAGAUAUACUUUUAAAUUCAUAUCUCAAUAAUUGAUAUGAUUAGAUAUUGCACUUUUUCCAAUAAAUAUUUGAUGAUUAGUAAAAUAAAACAAA